AUGUAUGAUAGUUCGCUGUGGAAAGAGCGAGAUGGUGCUCGCUCGACGACUGCAACUACGACAGGCCUUAAUUACCACACCGAAGAGGGCACAUCUUCAUCGGGUCACUUUGAGCCUAAUGAUAACUGCCAUUUAGUCCCAUCCCCUGAUGCCAUGGCAAAAAGAAUGCACGAAAAUGUGGAAAGACCUAAACACUACAUCUUCGCUAUCGGCUCAAUGCAGCUGUUGAGCUCAUACCAGUUUCGCCCAGCAACAUCAUCACUAGACUAG